AGCGACAACUUGACGCAUGGUGUGAUCUCUUUGCUCGUUGUAUGUACUGCGCCACUUAGAGUAUGCGAAGAACUUUCAGUGACAACAUGGAACCACACUUACCAUAAGUUUUUUCCACCAAGUAUAUGUUUCAGGAACUUUUCUCGUAAGAGACCACUGUGGUUUGAUUCUCGUAAGCGACAACUAAAUCGUCGCAUUUCGGGUGAUCGAUUACGGCAGGUUCCACUGUAGUUAUUAUUAUUAUUAUUAAAAACUGAAUCAUUGAAUAACGCAAUUCUAGAGCUCUCAUUGGCUUAGCCAUCAUGGUAUAUGAGCCAUUGUACCGUGCUUUCCAAAUAUGGUAACUGUACGCGUCUGCUCAAAAUUUUAAAAAAAGCUGAAAAUCGGUUGUUUCUCCAAAUAAAGUCGGGACGAAUUCUCGAUAUUUUGUGGGCGUAUUUAAUAAAAUAAUCAUUCCACUCGCGCUUGUUGGAUAUGAGAUGAUUAUAGCCAACUCAGCGCUACGCGCUUUGUUGGCUGCCUACCAUCUCGUAUCCAAAGCGCGGAAUAAUCGUUAAUAACUAUAUUAUGCUAAUUCAGUUAGGUUUCGUGAUCUUCUUGAGUCUGUCGGUCUUGGCCGUGUUUUAUGCAACGCACGUCACAAUCACACGGUUCUUUGAUUAUAUCAUCAAUGGUCAAUCUGGUGUUGGCCGUUUUAUAUCAGAUCAUGCCUCCAUUAUUUGUAACAUUUCUGUUUCCAGACCGCCUGUACGAUGUCGGAAACUUGCUAACAGAAAGUUGAAAUCUUUGGACACUUAUGCUCUCAAACAGGACUUGGCUGCUUUUGACUGUGUGCCAGACAUCGAAACCCGCCAAAUAGUCAGUCGGCUGAGGACAUUGAUGAGCUUGUUCAGAGCUACAACUUAA